AAUGAUGACUAAUCCGGAAGAUGAAAAGGAUAGUGAUGAGGAAAGUUUAGAUGAAGAAAGUUUCCACAUAAAAUGGCUGUUUGACAAGCAUCAUAUCGGUCAUCUUCCAUUAGAAGAACAAAUCAAAUUCUACAAACAUAGGAAUCUUAAACCUUCUCAUAUAUUUAGAUUUGGUUGGAAAACUCUCGGAAAACAAACUCCUAAAAGAGUUAGGAUUCAUGAAGCGCCAAAAUUCGCUGAUUUAAAUGAACAAAAAUCUGAUUUAAUCUUUCUGAAAAGGGAGCAGAAAUCUGCUGGUGAACGGAGGAGGGCAUUAGAAAAGGCUAAAAAGCUUGAGGAAGAGGAAAAAGAGCAUUCAAACUGGAUAAAUGAAAGAAAAAAAUUAAGGGAGGAUCUUAAAAUGUUAGAUGAUGUGGAGAAGUUCAUUAGAAACAAACCACACGCAACUGAGAUGGAAAAAAGAGUCGUAAGAAGGAAAAAAGAAAACAAAAACCUUAGUAGCAUUCCAUCAACUCCUGAAGUUGAAAAAGAGGAAAGGAGGAGAAGAUUAAAGCCUAAAACCCCUAUUUUAGCCCGACCAGUUCCAGUAGCUAUUAAAAUUAUUGAAGAAUAUCUAGUUGAAAAUGAAUUACGUCUUCUCGACCUCUUUACACAUAUUGAUAAAACCAAAGAUUGGAUUAUAACUAGAGACCAAUUAAGAAGUGCAAUUAGACGUCAGAAUAUUCCUAUAUCAGAUGUAGACCUUGAGGAUCUCGUUUUAACUUUAGACAAAGAUUUAGAUGAUUGUCUCGAUUAUAGGGAAUUGGCUCGUGGUAUGACUCUAUUAAAAACUGCCAAGUACAAUGCUAAAAGACGAGAAGUAGAAGAAUCAGUUUCUCAAACGCCAGAUACACAGUCAGUAACGCCAAAUGCAUUAUUUCCACCGGAAAUUGACAAUUCCUCUAAGGCUGCUAGAAUAACUUCGCCCGAGGAUAUGGUUGAUCUUAGAAAACGCGAUCGAGAAGCAAAAAAAUUUGUUGAUAGUCCAGAUAGAACGAAACACUUGACUGAUACUCAAUUACAACUUUUUAAGAUGGGUAAAUCAUUUAUUAAAAGUGGAGACGAAAACUUGGACGAACUCUGCUAUCCUUCGACUAUUGGAGGUAGCUCCGCAAACUUGGCAAAUGACUUUAAAAUGAAACAGUCAAAGGAAUUGAACGGUUUAUUAGAUUCUCGUGAGGUACCAGCAUCGGCGGAUGCUAUUAAACGUGCCCUAUUCAUUCCAAAAGAUAAAACAAAAGUCGAAAUUGGGAAUCAUUUAAGAUUUCCAAGCCACCCUGUUCAAAAGAACAACUCCAAACAUGAGAAAACAGCUCGCCAACAAAAGAAGGAAGAAUACGAAAAUAAAAUAGCAAAGAAACUAGAAAAGAAGCAAAUUCAUCUAUUUCCCUCAUCUACCCAAUCCGAACCAGUUAUUACUAGAAUGAAAUUAUCAACCGGAAAAGCCUAUAUUCAUAGAAAAAUUGACUGCUGGUUAACAAUGGAACGCUAUCAAGAAUUAACUAAAAAUAAACCACCGAAAUAUUUAAAACCAAUAGAAAUACCCGUAUGGGUUGGUAAACCCAUAACAAACGAUUCUGUACCCCCGGGUAGGACUUCUCUGUUUCAACGAGUGCCAAAUAAAUAUCAUUAG